AUACCUCCAGUGCUUUAAUUUCAUAAAUGACAAUUCAUUAAUCCUCCAAUGAUGAUGAUGAUGAUGCCUCCUCCUACUCUCUUCCUGGCUUCUACUCUUGCUUUUAUUACACUUCUAACAACAGCUGCUCAUGCAAGAAUUCUACAAGAUUGCUCUCUCCUCAAAGCAACAAUAUUAGCUACUUAUGAGAGGCACCUGACUCCACCACCUACUCCGAUAUUAUCACCAUCAAGCCACCAAUUAACCGACGGUUAUGUGCGACCGUACCAUCAUCCUCCGCCACCUCCAAAGCCUGCAACACCAAUCGGCCAGCUCGAGAAUAUUGCUUUUCCAUGCGCCCAAGGACAAAGUGAUCAACCGUGCAAUAAUUACAUAUCCAUGGUGACAGACUAUGGAAGAACAUCAAUAUCACCUCCACCACCUCCGAUGCCGGCGUCGCCAUCCCAUCCUCUUCACCGGACGCUGCAAGAAGGGUCACCUCCGAGCCAUUUGGCUUCAGCCUAAGCUAAUUAGUAUCACUUCUCUUCUGUUCAGUUCAGAAACGUGCAUGGGAUACCGCCUAGCAGUUAGGGUUGAAAUCCUCGUUGGUUUUUUUCUCGUACUCUUAAAUAGUUAUAGUGUGGUUUUUGCUACAACGGUGUCGUUUGAGAGGUUUGUUUAUGUAGAGAAUAUGUAGCCGAUGUAUGCGUGGUAAAGAAAAGCAUUUCUAUGUGGAAAUGUUAGUCUC